ACCGGGCGCGGGGUCGGGGGCUCCCGACUUGGCCUGGCGAGGUCCCCUUUAAGGAAACGGGUGGGUAGAUUCGGGGAGCGUGGUUUACAGUGAGAAGACCGGGGUCUAGAAGACAGAGCAAACGUCCGACUUCUGCGGAGGAAGAGGGGCAGCCAGCCAGUAAAUGGGGAGACCAGAGCUGGGGUUCCAUGGCCCAGGACGAAGGAGGAAGUGGGCGAGGGAACAUGACGACCUUACCCAGAACCUGAGGGGACAGACUGUGCUUCGUGAAAGCAAAGCCCUUGUGCAUUGCUCACUGCUGCACCCCAUUGCCUGGUUGAGCACCUGACGCAAGUGGCAACCACCCCUUAAGUGAUUCACAACCACCACACGCUCUGAAAGAUGAACGAAGCCUCGGGGGACAUAUGCUCCAGUACUGUGGCUGCCUUGGUUUCCCCCUGUGUCCCAGCCAGAGAAAAUCUGGAAGUGGAGCAGGUCUCUCGGCCAGGACACAUGGAUACUCAUCCACCAAGCCUCAUGGAGGCUGUGACAUUUGGUGAUGUGGCUGUGCACUUCUCACGGGAGGAGUGGAUGUGUCUGGACCCUGGCCAGAGGGCCCUCUACAAGGAGGUGAUGCUGGAGAACCACAGCAGUGUGGCUGGACUAGCAGGAUUUCUGCUCUUCAAGCCUGAACUGAUCUCCCGGCUGGAGCAAGGGCAGGAGCCAUGGGUCCUUGACCUGCAGGGAACAGAGGCGAGAGAGGCACGAAGGACCCUCCAGACAGAUUCUACGAUAAGCACUGAUGGUGAGCAGGCUGGUGAAGAUGUGCACAUGCUAAAAUCAGAGUCUCUGGCAGCGAUGGUCAAACCCCCCCCUUGGGAUUAUCCUCAGAGUCCUGGCUUCGGAGACACCUCUGAUUCUGAGGUCUGGCCAGAGAGUAAGCUAAGCUCUCUCUUUCAGAAACACCACUUGCACACAGGGACUGUGGCUCCCAGGAAGACCUCUGCCAAGGAGGAUGUGCAGGGACAUGUCAGCCUGGGUUGUCAACCUGAGAAAAGUCAGGGGGUUGCUGCAGAUGGGCCAUCUCGAAGAUGCGAUGUGUGUGGCAGGAGUUUCAGAUUCGUGGCUCUGCCUCACUUUGGUGUACAGAAGGAACUUAACAGAUGUCAGGAGUGCCAAAAAAAGUUAUCUGAUUGCUUACAGGGGAAACAUCAAAGUAACUGCCAUGGAGAGAAGCCGUAUGAGUGUGAGGAAUGUGGGAAAGUCUUCAGGUUGUGCUCGCAGCUUAAUCAGCAUCAGAGAAUCCACACUGGAGAGAAACCAUUCAAAUGCAUAGAGUGUGGAAAAGCCUUUCGCCUGAGCUCAAAACUUAUUCAGCAUCAAAGAAUUCAUACGGGAGAGAAACCAUACAGGUGUGAGGAAUGUGGGAAAGCCUUUGGUCAGAGCUCCAGCCUCAUCCACCAUCAGAGGGUGCACACAGGAGAGAGGCCCUAUUGCUGUCGUGAGUGUGGGAAGGCCUUCAGCCAGCAGUCUCAGCUGGUCAGACACCAGAGGACUCACACUGGAGAGAGGCCCUACUCGUGCCAGGAGUGUGGGAAGGCAUUCAGCCAGAGCUCAACCCUGGCUCAGCACCAGCUGAUGCACACUGGGGAGAAGCCUCCAGUUCCAAGAACCCUGGAUGGUGCCAGCCUCGUUGCACACCAGAGAAUCCACGCUGCAGAGAAACCGUUUAAGUGUGAUGAGUGCGGGAAGGCUUUCAGGUGGGUCUCUCGCCUUAGUCAGCACCAGCUGAUUCACACCGGAGAGAAACCGUAUAAAUGCAACAAGUGUGCAAAAGCCUUCGGUUGUAGCUCACGGCUUAUUCGCCACCAAAGAACUCACACUGGAGAAAAACCAUUCAAAUGUGAUGAGUGUGGGAAGGGCUUUGUCCAGGGCUCACACCUGAUUCAGCACCAGAGAAUUCACACCGGAGAGAAACCCUAUGAGUGUAGUGAUUGUGGAAAAGCCUUCAGCCAGAGCUCAAGCCUCAUUUACCAUCAGAGGAUUCACAAGGGAGAGAAACCCUACGAGUGCCUGGAAUGUGGAAAAGCCUUCAGUAUGAGCACACAGCUCACAAUUCAUCAGAGGGUUCACACCGGGGAGAGGCCCUAUAAAUGUGGUGAGUGCGGGAAAGCCUUCAGUCAGAACUCAACCCUUUUCCAACACCAGAUAAUUCAUGCUGGAGUAAAGCCCUAUGGAUGCAGUGAGUGUGGGAAAGCCUUUAGUCGAAGUUCGUACCUCAUUGAGCACCAGAGGAUUCACACACGUGCCCAGUGGUACCACGAAUACGGGGGCACCCUGGAGGGUUCUACCCAUGUGAGCCGUAAAAAAGUUAACACUGUAAAGAAACUACACAAAUGUAAUGAAUGUGAGAAAAUAUUCAGAUGGCGCUCCCAUCUCAUUAUACAUCAGAGGAUUCACACUGGAGAGAAACCUUAUAAAUGUAACGAAUGUGGCAAAGCCUUUAAUCGGAGCUCAAGGCUCACUCAGCAUCAGAAGAUUCAUAUAGGAUAGAUCACUCACCUCUUUAAAUGUAAGUGGGAAUAAACCCACAGCCUUAACCUAUUUAAAUUAUAUGGGGUAAUUGAUACUAACAAGGUAGAAUGUUAGUAAAGAUUCAGAAUUGCUCUUUUAAAAAUAUCCAAGUUCAUACAAAAUGUGUUUUUUUCUGGAAUUCUGAUUUUAUCCCACUCCAUAACCCUGUGUCCCUUGCAUCAGGGGAGUCAUGUAGAGUUCUGAGUGUGCAGAGGGAUGAACCCAGGUUCUGCAGCUGAGGCCUGAGAAGUCCUGUGAGCUCUGCAAGAUGAGAUACUCAGUGUCUUCAGCACCAGUUACUCAGACUGGCUUCAGCAAGGAUGUGUGAGCUUGCAUGCGCUGAAGAGGAGUGUCUGGAAUUCCCUUCUGCCUUCACCUGACUCCUUUUCUUCAAACCUCUUCCGCCAUCAGCAGCCCAGGCAAGCAGCCACCCAGGGUCAACUUGAGUUUCCACAUGGGCCAAGCCACUCUGAUUAAUCUGACCUACAGGCUGGGCCCAUGUUCAUUCACUUUGUCUCACAGAGCAGUUAAUUAAUGCCAUGGAGGCCACUGGAUGAGACAGACCUGCCGCAUUGACCCCCUCCCUGUCCAGUGUCCAGUAUUCACCAUUUGGGAAGGAGUCCAGGGGCCAGGAGUCCACUCGAGACCUGCUGACCUUUGGUACCAUUGCUACAAUCAGAGGGGCAAUAUUUGAGAGACCUUCAUCCCAGUGGAGGAGCCCAUUUCUUCCACAUGUGGACUGGUAUCCCAGAGGGACACAGGUCAGUCACUUCAGGAUUUGUUGUGACACUUGAUUUGGGUCACCAUCACACUGGUUUGGUCAAGCCCACCGCAGGUCCUUGAGACCUUGCUGCUUCUAUCGCCGUGCAUGGCAUAUCCUGUAGCAGGCUAUGGAUUUGAGUCAGGUGAAGAAAAUGCUUGCUGAUCCCCAUGUUUGCAUUAGGAGGUUCCUGAGCUUUCUGCUGUAGCUGGGAGCAGUGGAUUUUGAGGUGGUAAAGUUUAUGUGAGCUAGUGUUUCCAGCACAUGGGUGGAGCCAGUCAGCCUGAUCACCAACUGCUACUGCUUAUCCAUCACUCACUGCCUGACAUGUCCUUCACCUGGUGCCAGGAUGCCAUGAAAUCAGUGGGCCUAUCUCUCCAGGCAUCCCUGCUCUACCCAGAACUUGAGUCGAAUGGUCAGAGGACCAGGGACUUGUGUGCAUUAUGCAGAGGUCAUGCUCGUUGUGUCUCCUCCUCAGCUGCUGUGCUCACCCAAGGUGGUCACUGCUGGCACAUCUGGAUGGGUGGGCCCAAGUUUAAAGGGCUGUAAAUAUUUUAGGCCGCCCAGCAACGGCUCUGGAGCCGAGGUCCUGAGUGGAGAGAGCACACUCCUGCCAUCUGCUGGCACUUGGUACUGUUGUGCACCGAAGGGCCUCUUCAUUGGACCCCACCUCCCUUGUCUACUCCUGGGUAAUGAGGGACAAAAGGAUGGAGGAUUAUAUGGACUUCUCCAGACUCCAGCCUGGACAUGAUGCUUUCUUUCCCCUCACAGUAACUGCAGGCCAGAGACUUCUACCUUAAAUCUCCUUUAGCAUUUGAGUGUGCACAGCCAUGGUCCUGGAUCAAGGGCUGGUGAGGCCUGCUAUUGUGUGGUGCUGGUGCAUUAAUCAAACAAACACUGAGGCCAUAAGACUGGGUGUUUUGAAUGCCUACCAAGCAGACCACGCGUUUUGAAAUAUUCUGACCUUUUUUUUUU